UUCAACACAAUCUAAAAAAAGCAUGACGUAUAUUACCUGGAUGACGUUGGCACUACUUUUAGUUGGACUGGUCCAUUCAGGCAAUCAGCAUAGGGAACUGGACGGUUACCGUUACCAGAUGUUCACAACCUACCUUAACUACGACCAGGCGCAGGCGACUUGUGUAUCAAAUGGUGGACAUCUGGCCCACAUUAAAAGUUCCCGUCAGCAGAGUGUUCUCGCAAAUAUGGCAACGCUAACGGCAGGUUGGGGUUCCGAUUACUGGAUUGGCCUCACGGAUAGACAGUCGGAGGGAAUUUGGCGCUGGACUGAUGGAACAGGACUUAUCUACAGAAACUGGGCAGAGGGAGAACCAACCAAUGGCAAUGCUGUCGAUGGGGAGCAGGACUGUGUGGCGUUGUGGGGAGACUACGGCUAUACACAUUGGGACGAUCGGCAAUGUGGUCAUUGGCUUUACUUCAUCUGCCAAACAGAUAUCAACGAAUGCCACAGAAGUAACGGAGGCUGCAGCCACAACUGUGUAAACACUGACGGGAGUUACCGCUGUACCUGUCGGGAUGGAUACCAGCAAUCUGGAUCAAGCUGCAUCGACAAGAACGAGUGUUCCAAUAACAACGGCGGCUGUGACCAGAUCUGUCACAACACAGCAGGUGGCUACCACUGUUCCUGUAAUGCCGGGUACCAGCUGUCAGGGUCAUCGCAAUGUGAUGACAUUGAUGAAUGUACCAGCAAUCCAUGCCUUAACGGCGGGACCUGUCAAGACCUGAGUGAGGGAUACAGGUGUGACUGUCAGCCAGGAUGGACAGGUGGCAACUGUGAAAUAGAUAUAGAUGAGUGCCUGACUAACGGAGGACGAGGUCCAUGUGAUCAGACCUGUACAAACCUGUUCGGAAGCUACCGCUGCUCCUGCACAGUGGAGUACCAACUUGAUGCAGACAGUGUCUCCUGUAGUGAUUUAGACGAAUGUGACCAAAAUCUCCAUGACUGUCAUCAAAGAUGUCUGAACACCUACGGCGGGUUCUCUUGUGCAUGUGUCGAAGGGUUCACGCUUAACGACGAUGGAAAGUCUUGUUCGGUGUUGGAUACAGACGACUGCUUCCCCGGGGCCUGUGAGAACGGCGGCACAUGUGUCGAAGGCAAUGGUGCCUUUUCCUGUAAUUGCCCACCAGGAUUCAAAGGCGAGAGGUGCCAAACAGAGCCCUGCAGCGAAGCGUUCGACCCUCCCCUAAACGGUGGAAAAGCCUGCUCGGUGACAGAUCACGCGACAGUGGCCAUGUACUGUACAGUCUACUGUAGGAACAACACGGAGUUUGCCAUAGCACCCGCCCAGGCGUACACGUGCAGGGCCGAUGGAAGCUGGUUUGCUGACUCUAAUCUCGUGGUGGGCCAGAGUAGUCCUUGGCCGGACUGUACAGGAAAUAACUUGUGGGUAUAA